AUGCUGCGCUAUGCGAGAAGACACGCAUCACGAACAAGGUGCCUCCUGCCACCAAGACUACCGUUGGGUGAGCCUCCGAAGCUCCUCUCGGUAGUGCCUGCUGUGCCUGCAGCCUCGAGCCGACACUUCAUAUCUGUCUCUCAACAGUUGCGGAAUGUGUUGGCCAGCGAGAGGAAGGGAACCGUGAGCCCCUUGGGCCUUUGCUUUCGAUGCCCCCAACCGCAGUCGCGUCGCUUUGCGGCCGAGCCGAAGCCACCGACCACGGCCGAGCCCUCGCGGGCCGUGGCCAAGGGCGCGCCGACGCUGCCGUCGCAGAUCUUGGUCUACGUGAAGAAGGGCCGCAAGAUGGUGAUGAAGUUGAGCUACCGGACCAUGGAAACCUUGCGCUGGUUUGGGCGCAAAGUCCUUGUCCUUUGCAAGGCCUUCGUCAAGAACCCCAAGAUCAUCAUCGAUUGGGGCGAAGAUCUGUAUGACAUCGCCAAGCACUUCAUCAAGUGGACGGUCACCGGCUUCAAGCUUUUGGGCGCCGACGUGCGCGCCGCCUACUUCCUCACGAAGCGCGUCUUCAAAGGCUAUCCCUUGUCUGUGCGGGAAAGAAGGCUUUUGGUCAGGACCACCAGCGAUUGCCUGAAGCUCAUCCCAUUCUCCUUCUUCCUUGUGGUCCCUUUCGCUGAGUUUGCGCUGCCCUUUUUCUUGCGCCUCUUUCCCAACAUGAUGCCUUCCACCUUCUUUGAGCAGAAGUAUGACAACGCCACCCUAGCACGAAAGCUCAAGGCCAAGCAGGAGAUGGCUGACUUCUGGCAACAGGUGGUGGCUCAACGUACCCAAGAGCUCUACGAGUCCGAUGAGUAUGCGGACAAGGCGGAAGAGCUGGUAGCCUUCCAAGAGAAGCUCACGGAAGGCAAAGAAUAUCCCACUCUGAAGGAGAUCCUCCGGUUUGCAAGCAUCUUCAAGGAUGAGAUGCACUUGGAAAAGAUGCCACUGGGAUUUGGGGACUGUGUGUCAGUCAACGCAGCAGCUGACGGCCUUGUCGCAAAUGCUGGGCCUUCCUACGUCCCCUCGGGCGAUGUGUUGAUCCAUUGCGGAGACCUAACGAACCGCGGCUCUGCGCCGGAGCUCCAAGAGGUCAAUGGCUGGUUGGAGGAGCUUCCUCAUCGCCACAAGCUGGUGAUCUGUGGCAACAUGGAUCAACGCCUGGAGUCGCAAGCUAACAAGGCGGCCCGGGCCAAGUUCCUCCCGGCGGCGACGUAUUUGGAGGACGAAGCGCUGGAGGUGGAGGGGCUGAAGAUCUACGCCUCGCCCUUCACGCCCAAGUUCUGUGGUGCCUUUCAGCUGGAGAAUGAGGCGGCCGCCGUGGCGAAGUGGUCGGAGAUUCCGGACCAACUCGACGUGUUGGUCACCCAUGGUCCGCCGUAUGGGAUUCUGGAUACCGUGAAGCGAGAUAUCCAUGCCGGUUGCCCGGAACUUCUGAAGAGAGUGCAGCAGGUUGCACCGCAGUUCCACUUCUUUGGACACAUUCAUGAAGAUGGUGGGAAGCAAGAGACCCAUGGGGAGACCACCUUUGUGAACGCUGCGCAGCACGUCAUGGUCUUCGAUGUGCCACCCAGUACCCAGCGAAACGAUCGAAACGCAUCUCCGAAACGGCUGAGGUCCAGGACCUUUUGGCAAGGACACCUUGAAGUGCAGCUGAGACAUCAUAUCACCAACCUUCGCCGGGAGGAUCGGGACCUCUUCUGGGAAGGCAUUGAAGGAUUGAAGGGCGAGGAACUGAUCGACGUCUGUCGACGCCGUGCCAUCCGAUUUCAUGGCGUCACGGAGGAGGAGAUGCGCGAAAGCUUGAACCGCUGGUUGAGGCUCUCUGCCAAUCAUCGACAGAUCCCCACCUCCAUGCUCCUCUGGGUCCAGUCCUUCUACCUGAGGGAUCGCACGGAGGACGAACAUGAGCAUUCCACUCGUACGGAAGACCUGAAGCUGAAGAUGAAGGAGCAGGAGACGGUUGAGAACCCCGAAGAUGCCUUCCUGAGCCUUGCGGAACGUCAGAAGGAAGCGGUCGACAAGAUGCAGCAGAAGUUGGAGGAGCUUCAGCGUGAGAUCGUGGAGGUCACUGAGCAACACCAGGACGUGCUGCAGGUCGCACCGUCGAACGACGCGACAGCGGCCGACGCGCCGGCGCCUCGCUGGCUUUCGGAGGCGUGCGCCAACUGUGGGCACGUGAUGGCAGCAGACUCCGCUGAUCUUGACUACGACGACCCGGAAGGGGAAAAGAGGCGGAUGUUGUACAUCUUGCGGAAAGUAGAGGAGGACUUGGACCUCUACAAGCAAGUGGUCCAGAAGCAGCGCUCUCUUUUGGACGGUCAGCUGAGGUUUUUACUCGCCAUGCGAGACACCACGCCGACGCAGUACAAGGAUGCCGAUGUGAUCCUAUUGGAUCAACGCGUGAGGCUUUUGGAGAUGAUCAGCUCCUUCCAGCAAAAUGCCGAGGAGAUCGAUCAGCUCUUCAACGACACAAUCUCCAAGGACGGAGAGACAGUGGUGUCUUCGAGCGUUUGGGAUGAUUAUGAUGACGUACCAGGCGAGGGACGACAAAAGCAAGAGAGGCCAUCUAGCGCAGCUCCUUGA